UUACAUCACCAAUCUCUUUCGUGAUUGGCUGUAGGGCAACUCAUCCGCCUGCCGUGCAGCAUCCACAGCAGCACCGCUCCAAAUCGACCUCAUCGCCACCGUUAUCUCACGUUUCAUUGAAUUUCCAAAAACAUUCGCGUGGGUGUGCGCGUUUUCUUUCUCUUGCACUGGCGGCUCGUUUCGAGGAUGGCUGAGAGCGAGGCAGACACGCCAAGCACGCCGAUUGAGUUUGAUAGCAAAUACUUUGAGUUUGAUGGAGUGCGGCUGCCACCCUUCUGCAGAGGGAAGAUGGAGGAGAUUGCCAACUUCUCGCUCAGAAGUAGCGACAUAUGGAUCGUCACCUACCCAAAGUCAGGCACUAGUCUACUUCAGGAGGUUGUGUAUCUAGUGAGUCAGGGAGCAGACCCAGAUGAGAUCGGCCUUAUGAACAUUGAUGAACAGCUGCCUGUCUUAGAGUACCCCCAACCUGGCCUGGACAUCAUACAGGAGCUGACGUCCCCUCGUCUGAUCAAAAGCCAUCUUCCCUAUCGAUUCCUCCCCACGGCCAUGCACAAUGGAGAGGCCAAGGUGAUCUACAUGGCUCGUAACCCUAAGGACCUGGUGGUGUCUUACUACCAGUUCCACCGCUCUCUCAGGACCAUGAGCUACCGGGGAACCUUCCAGGAGUUCUGCCGGCGCUUCAUGCAUGACAAGCUGGGAUAUGGUUCCUGGUUUGAACAUGUUCAGGAAUUUUGGGAACAUCGUAACGACUCUAAUGUCCUCUUCUUGAAAUAUGAAGACAUGUACAAGGAUCUGGGGACGCUGGUGGAAAAUUUAGCCCGGUUCCUUGGUGUUUCCUGUGACAAGGCUCAGCUGGAGGGCAUGGUGGAGAGCUGCAACCAGCUUAUUGAGCAGUGCUGCAACUCGGAGGCGCUGUCCAUCUGCAGAGUGCAUGGAAGUCUGGUGUCUGAUGUGCUCUAGGCUUAACACACAGCUGUCAGUCUGAUCCGUCUUACACACGUCACAGCAGGUCGUGCAGGUCUGUGGAAGGACGUCUUCACAGUGUCUAUGAAUGAAAACUUUGACGCUGUGUACAGACAGAAGAUGGGCAAGUCCGACCUGACCUUUGACUUCUGCCUGUGAGGAGUACCUGACGCCACUCUCUACCCUCACGGAUCUGCUCCAGUACAGUUGACCAAACCCACGCUCCUACUGUGGGAAUACACUCCAAGACUUUUCCCAGAAUGCAAUAUGUCUCAAGUCGACAUCAAAAUUCCACCCUUGUAGACUGAUCAAAAUCAAUCCAGAUUUAUUGGGAAUUUAUUGGAUUUUCUCAGUCAAUAGUUAAACCAAACCUCCCUCAACCCCUACCUCCACAGUAUGCUCCCACUGCUGUGUAUGUAUAUGUGUAUAUAGUAACCAGGGUUCGACUGAUAAAUGUUUUUUUGAAGGCCGACAUCAAUACUUGAGCUGAAGCAUUUCUUUCCAAAUCUCCCAAUAUGACCGCGUUCACAACAGGGAUUCAAGCUACAUGCAGGUAUUUGUGACUGAAAUACAGAGAAAAUCACGCACACAAUAUAUCUGAACAUAAAAAAACAACCAGUUCAGCAGGAUUACUCUCUAUUUUGUUGUUGAUCCAUUAAGGCCAGGGUAUGCUAGAAAGGAAUAAAUGCUAGGUAAUUUGGUUGGCAGAACGCUGAACGAGACAUUUUUUGGCAACCAAAAUGUUCCAAUGAACUUUAACAAGAUAAAAACACAGAGUGAAAGGGUCAGGUUUAUGAUGAAAACAUGGACAACACCAAAAAUCAAUUGCAAUUAAAUUGUAUUAAUAGUGUCAAAUCCCAACAGGAGUUAUCUUAGGACACUUUACAGAUAGAGUAGGUCUAGACCACACUCGAUAAUUUCCAAAGACCCAACAAUUUCCCAUGAGCAAGUACUUGUGCCACAGCACACAGUGCCAUGGUUAGCAUUGCCAAGCUUCUAUCAUGAUUGACAGGUCAGCGUGUAGCCACACCCUUAAAGCUCUGCCUGCUUUAUUGUCAAUUAUUAAUAGAUGGAAAAAUAAUUUUAAAAAAUGAAGAUAGUAGGAACAUUUCCCCAUGGGCUAUAGAAAACGGACAUCUUUUUGCACCCAGGGGAGUCACCCAAUGCUAGAAGUUAAAGUUCCACUUCUGCAUUGGCUUCACUUUUCAGACCCAGAAGCUUCGUCCAUCAUUUUAAGUCUAUGGGUGCAACCAGAAAUCCAUUCGGUUGAAUUCAACUAAGAAGUGGUGAAAAUCUUUUUUUUGCCUGAACGUUUUUGCUCUUAUUAAAUGGGAAAAGCAAAGGCACUUGGGCCGUCUAGAAGGGUCGUUUUGGGCCACUCGAACUGAUGAGGACACUUAAGCUUAAUUUCGACAGCAUGAUUGAUUUACCUCGGCUCCACUUGACUCAACUCGCGUUUGGUACAAGUUCUUUUUCGUCUCCCCAAAAGAACAAGUCGAGUUGAAUAGAGUUGUGCCACACCAUGCAGUGGAAAUGCAGCGAUAGUCUGCUCAAGUUCACCCUCCACACAAAAAAGCCUGUGAGAGAACAGACAUCUCACUCUGACUUAUUUGCAGCGUUGAUCAGCCACACAUAUCUGUACAUAGCCUCAGUAAUAGUCUGUUGUUGGAGGGUGUCAGGUGGAUAAACCUUCUGAAACAUUUACGCCACCAU